AUGGCAGUUCCAGCUGACCGCUCCGUCAAGUUCUCCCUCGAGGAGGAGUCGCUUGCGCAUGCAGUCGAGAAUGAGGCCUCCCCGUCGGUUGCGAUGAUGCCAGCCGCCACCGCGGCUUCCCCGUCUAUGCCAGAAGAGUUCACCGACUCGACUGAGACACACCCCACCACGUCACUGCCCGCGGCCGCAAGCGUGUCUCCUACUGUGGAGGAGACCCCAGCCGCUGCCUGUUCCAGCACUUCCACGGCUGCCGCUGCGGUGUCGCGGGUGGCGCCCAAGUCUGCACUCAAGUCAAAGGAUCGGAUCGGAGCUUCCCUUCGUCGAAGCAAAUUCGUGUUCUGUGAGGAGUGUCACCAGAGCAUCCCUAUUGAGGAAUGGCCCGAUCACCGUGAUCGUCUGCGGAAGGUGAACCUUGUGGAACAGGUGAGCAGGUUCCACCACACGCUCGUGCGCCUCAUGGGUGAAUUCCUCAUGUGGGUGCUGCGCAGCGUGUACUUCCGCGAGGUGACGGUUGUGGGGCGCGAGAACAUUCCUCGCGCCGGUGCCGUCGUCUUCUACGGCAACCACCAAAACCAGUUCAUCGACGCGCUCAUGAUGCACUCGCACUGUGGCCGACCUGUGCGCUUCCUCAUGGCAGAAAAGUCCUUCCACCAACCCGUCAUUGGCACAUUAGGACGCAUGUUCAACUCCGUCCCGGUUGUGCGGCCGCAGGAUGUGCCGUUGGUCGCCGGUGAUGGCAAGCUGGUGAGGACGGAGGGCAAGCUCAUCAUCGGCUCUGGCACACAUUUUUCGAAGCUCUCCAAGGGCGACGUUCUUAUCUGGGGAGUCCCCGGAAACGCCAAGUGCCGUGCGCAGGUGAGCCGCAUCACCUCCGACGAGGAGGUGGAGGUGACAGUGCCGAUACCAGCGGAGCACGAGGUGCACGCCCCCACCAGCUUCAAGUACUCGGCACGUAUCGACCACUCUGAGAUGUACGCCCAGGUGUACGACACACUACAGAAAAAUCACUGCAUUGGCAUCUUCCCCGAGGGUGGCUCGCAUGACCACACAUCGCUCCUCCCGCUGAAAGCCGGCGUGGCCCUCUUCAGCCUCGGCGCGGUAGAACGGCACAUUAGCGUGAAGAUUGUGCCAGUGGGUCUUACGUACCUCUACGGACACAAGUUUCGCAGCCGAGCCUACAUCGAGUUUGGCGAGGCCUUCUCGCCUCCGGACGACCUGGUGAAGCUUUUCGACACUGACAAGCGCAAGGCGACGGGGCUAUUUCUCGAACAGUUGAACGCGGCGCUGCAUGCCGUGACGAUCAACGUGCCAGACUACAGAACGCUGAGCUUCUUGCACUCCUUCCGGCAGCUCUAUCAGCCGCCGAACUGCACACUCUCCGGGCACGACUACCUGCGACUCAUCCGCCGGCUAGGCAACGUCAUCGAGGAGCAGCGCGAGAGCGCCGAAUUUGCGGAGUUCCGUGAGAAGGUAGAGAACUAUUUGGACUUCUGCAAGGCGCUGAUGAUCCGUGACAGCCAGGUAGCAACGCUGAAGCAGCUUCUUCACGCCGACAGCGAGGCGCUGCAGAUUGCGCUGCUGCUGCGUCGCGUGUUUGCUCUGUACUUGAUGGCAGUCAUCCUCGUGCCCUUUUUCGUCGUAGGCCUGCCUAUCGGUGGCAUUAUCAAAUACUUCGCCCUCAAGCAAACGAAACGCGCGCUGUCGGAGAGCUCUGUCAAGAUCGUCGGUGCCGAUGUCACCGGGUCCUUCAAGGUCAUGUUUGCCUUUGCUGUGGUGCCGGCAGCGUUUCUGCUGGUGUCGUUCAUCGUCUUCCUCUACUCCGACACCCGCACGGCGCUAGUGAUUUUAUUCUCGCUCCCCAUGGCUAUGUACGUCUCGUUGCUCAUUCUUCAAGAGGCCAUCAUGGAGCUGCGCGCCACGCUGCCGCUGCUCAUGUCCCUGGCCUCGCAGCACAUGCAGUUCAAGAAGCUCUACGAGCGCCGCGAGGACCUCGCCAAGCAGGCGCGCCUCAUCGUCCACAAGUACGACCCUCAGCUAGAGGAGGAGAUGAAGGUGUAUGUCGGCGCCGACGACUGCAACGACGACCUGAGCCGUGAGCCGUCGCUCUUCUCCUUGCGCUACAAUGUUCGACGCCGGCAGGCCACGAACUCGUGA